AUGGAACCCAUUAAGUCCAAUUCUAUGCACCAGAGAGUUCUAAAGGAACCCACUAAGUCCAAUACUAUGCACCAGAGAGUUCUAAAGGAACCCAUUAAGUCCAAUUCUAUGCACCAGAGAGUUCUAAAGGAACCCACUAAGUCCAAUACUAUGCACCAGAGAGUUCUAAAGGAACCCAUUAACUCCAAUACUAUGCACCAGAGAGUUCUAAAGGAACCCAUUAAGUCCAAUACUAUGCACCAGAGAAUUCUAAAGGAACCCAUUAAGUCCAAUACUAUGCACCAGAGAGUUCUAAAGGAACCCAUUAAGUCCAAUACUAUGCACCAGAGAGUUCUAAAGGAACCCAUUAAGUCCAAUACUAUGCACCAGAGAGUUCUAAAGGAACCCAUUAAGUCCAAUACUAUGCACUAG